AUCGAAUAUUGGUGGAUCUCCCGAAAGCCCCCACAGAAGUAGGAAGCGUAUUUCUUCACCAGACUGGUCCAUCAGGGCCAGUUCUUGAGUUUCACUUCCUCCCCACAUUCUCCCACGUUCCAGAAUCUUCCUCUCUUCCGAUUUAAAUUUCUGUUUCCUCGUUGCUUCUCCUCUCAGCGUCAGUCAAGUUAUUUACUGGUUCUUCUUGAAGGUCCCCUUGCUGCCUUGCAGUUCAUUCACAACAAUCUGCUCACACGUCAUAGAACAGUACACCUUUAUUUAUCACUUCACCAGCGAGGAUGAGCAUCAGCAGUGUAAAAGUCUCUAUUCCCCUCUUCUCCGGAAGGAAUUCGGCAACCUACCCACAUCUUCGAACCACCAACUUGAGGCCGUUGGCUAUGGGCGCAGACAGCAGGGAUAGCCUGGAUCACCUGCACGGAGUGAGCAAGCAGCACCAAAGGCACCACCAGCCUCCGUCUUCAGGGCUAUGGGAUCGGUUCCCGGCGGCAAGGGCCGUGCAGCAGAUGAUGGAGGCGAUGGAGAGGAUGCCCGAGGACCCUUUUGGCUACCCGCCAUCCUUCAGGGACGACGGGUACAGGCGGGGAAGGACGCCAUGGGAAAUCAGGGAGUCUGAGGAGGAGUUCAGGAUGAGGUUCGACAUGCCUGGGAUGACCAAAGAAGACGUGAAGGUGUGGGUGGAGGAGAAGAUGUUGGUGGUCAAAGCGGAGAAAAUGACUACGAAGAAGAAGAUAAAUGAACAAAGACGGGAGGAAGAAGAAGGGCAGGAAGCGGAGGCGGAGGAGGGAAAAUGGCCGGCCAAGAGCUACGGUAGGUACAGCAGCAGGAUUGCUCUGCCUGACAACGCGCAGGUGGAGAAGAUAAAGGCUGACGUGAAAGAUGGGGUGCUUUACAUUACCAUCCCCAAAACUAGAAUCGCCAGUAGAAUCUUUGGUAUCAAAGUGCAGUAAGGAUCAAGGUUGGGCUAUCCUGCCAAUUUUCCCAGUAAAAGGAUGAGAUCAAUGGCCAUGUCAGGAUUUGGCUUUUCUUCUUUUUCUUUCCCUUCUGCAGAAGAAUGCCAAGCUCUCGUUGGUCCAUAUUUUUCACUUUCCUUUUCUGUUGCUAUUUACUAAUUCGUUUGUAAAUUUGUUCUAAAUUGGGUGUAAUGACGAGCGUGGAGCAAGCAAGCCUUAGCCUAUCGACAAUAGAUUCGCCUUUUUAUCUCUUUA